UAUAAACUUUGCACUGAGACAGGAUAUCAAAUAUCUUUUAUAGAUACGUGGAUAUAAACAAAAUAUACGUACCGAUAUAAUAUAUAAGAUUCUAAUACGAAUAACUGUCUUCCAUAUUAAAUUCGUCAAAAUGUGAAUUGAUUAGUGAUAUGUUUUACGAUCGUGAUAUGUUUCUUCGAAAAAUGUUUAAUCAUUCGAUAGAAUAAUUCGUUCGAUACAGCUAUAAUCUUUUAACGCUUUUUGGGAUUUACCUUGAUGUAUCUAUAAAUAUGGACGACGAAGAAUAUCUUCAACCUGUUUUAACUUCUCAAGAAGAAGAUAACUUUCAAAAAUUGGAUACCUUACCUAUCGUGUCGAUAUCAUUACUCUAUGGUGUAGCAUUAGAAAUAGUUGGAAUUGUAUUCAUCUCGGUAUGGCCCCAAGAAGAAAACAAAUGUGAUACUUAUUUCAUAUACUUAUAUCUUCACUGUUUAUAUUGGUUAAUAGUUAUGAUCACUGAUUAUGUUGUAAAAGCCAAACAUCAUACAUUAAGAAUUUGGGGAUAUCUUGAUUUUUAUCAAUCAACUUAUCAACAUAUAAGAACACCUCUUUUUAUAACAUCACUAUGGAAUACAUGCUAUUUGUUGUUAGCUGUAAUUUUACAUCAUACUCAUAAAAUGAAUUAUGAACAAUACUGCAGGGCAUCGGAAUGGUUAACACCUAUUAAUUAUAUUAUAUUCUUAACUACCAUAGAGUUUAUGGUAAUCGUUCCAGUUUAUGUGAAUUAUAUUAAAAGAGUUAUAAGAUUCAAUAGGUUACGCCCUUUACCAGAUGUUAAAAGAGAGGAAUGGUUGUCAUCUUUUACCCAAGAUUCUUAUGCAAGCAGUGGUGAAAUUGGAUACCAUCAUAGAGGCUCAAAUUUAGAAGAAUUACUUGAAAAACAAGCUGACUUAAUAAGAUAUUUACGAGACCAUAAUGUUCAAUUGAGUCAUAGAAUAAUGAUAUUAGCAUCUCGCCAAAGAGUUCGAGAAGUUUAGAUGAUUGAUAAUCAGCAUUGAAAUCAAAAUGAAAUAACUAGGAAUUUAAAACAUAGCUUGUAAGUAUGUAAAUUUAAGUGCACGCACAAUUGAAUAUACUCAUUUAAAUUAAUGGAUAUUGAAAAUAUUUUACAUUAUUUCUUUUUUAUCCAUUUGGUAUUUUGUUAUAUUUAUUCAUUAGAAGAAUGAUCGAAAUUUCGUGGUUUUUUUUUUUUUUCUUCUUCUUUUUCGUUACCUUUUGGCAAAGGUUUUAUCAACGAUUUCUUUAAAAUGUAUCUGUGUACUCGCUCAUUGGUAAUAUUUCAUGCAGAUA